AUGUCCACGAGCACGGAGCACGACCAACUGCCCAGCCCUGCACCGUCGUCCGACCCAUUGAGCCAGCUGCAGCGACUGGUCAUUGUAAGCAAUCGACUGCCGGUGACCUGCGUCAAGCAGAAGGAUGGCGGAUGGACCUUCAACAAGAGCUCGGGCGGGCUGGUGACGGCCCUCUCGGGCAUCAAGAACACUUCUCGCUUCGUGUGGAUCGGGUGGCCCGGCGUUCACGUGGACGACGAGGCCGAGCGACGUGAGAUGGAACGAAAGCUCUUCGAAGAGUACUCGUGCAUCCCUGUGUGGAUGGACUUUGAGCUCAUGGAAGACUUCUACAACGGUAUGCCCCUCACUUCAUGUGCUGGCUUUCGCUCACGGUUCUCGAAUGGUGUUCUGUGGCCGCUGUUCCACUACAUCGACACUAUCAAAUUCAACGCCGGCCUCUACGAAGCCUACGUGAAGGCCAACGAGCUCUUCGCACAGGCGGUCACGAGCAUCUGGCAGGAGGGAGACAUGAUCUGGAUUCACGAUUAUCACCUGAUGUUGAUGCCGCUUGCGAUUCGCCAGCAGAUACCAACGGCAAACAUGGGCUUCUUUUUGCACAUCCCCUUUCCGUCGAGCGAGGUCUACAAGAUCCUUCCGUGUCGCGCGCAGCUGCUCGAGGGUGUGCUGUCGUGCGAUCUGGUGGGCUUUCACACGUGGGACUACUCAGAACACUUUCUGAAGACGUGCACCCGCAUACUGGGCGCUGAGACCCAGUUCCAGGCCGUCAUCUACAAAGACCGGCGAGUGCCAGUGGGCAUUGAUGUAGCCGAGUUCGAGCGCACCUUGAUCACCACACCGGUGAAGGAGCGUCUGGGCGAGCUAUACCAGCGCUUCAAAGGGAAGAAGGUGAUCCUCGGUGUCGACAGACUGGACUACAUCAAGGGCCUGCCCCACAAGCUCGAGGGCUACGAACUAUUUUUAUCCAAGUACCCUGAGUGGCGUCAGAAGGUGGUGCUCAUCCAAGUUGCCGUGCCCAGUCGCGAGGACGUGCCGGAAUACCAGAAGCUGAAGAAAGUGGUCGACCAGACGGUGGGCCGGAUCAACAUGGAGUACGGCUCGCUGGAACACCAACCCAUCCACUACCUGUACCACUCAGUCAACUUUACCGAGCUGUGUGCCUUGUACACGCUUGCGGACGCCGUGUUGAUCACUUCGCUGCGGGAUGGCAUGAACCUGGUUGCUGAGGAGUACAUCGUUUGCCAGAAGGAGCGCAAGGGUGCCCUCAUCAUUUCCGAGUUUGCUGGGGCUGCCCAGUCGCUCAGCGGGAGCAUCCUCAUCAAUCCUUGGAACCCCAGAGACGUGGCCACGGGCAUCAACAAAGCCCUUUCCCUCGCAUACGCCGAUCGAGCGGAGAGGCACAACACACUGUAUAGAUUUGUAUCCAAACACACAUCCGCCUUCUGGGGCACGAGCUUCAUCGAGUCGCUUGUCAGCGAGACGAUGUCUGUACAAAUGCUGCUCGAGAAAUCGGUCCCUAUUUAUCAAAUCCUCAAGCGAUACACCCAGAACAAGAAGCGCCUCCUCGUCUUCCAGUCCGACGGUGUCUUGAGUCUCCAGGCAGAGUCGAAACCAUCAGCUGGCGUGCUGGGCCUGCUGAAGAAGCUCAGCGACAACCCCAACAAUAUUGUGGUGAUCAUCAGCGGCAACACGAGGGACACCAUGGAGGAGCACUUCGACGGGCUGGACGUGGCCCUGCUCGCCGAGCACGGAUUCUACUACCGCCCCCUUCAACGCGUGCUCGACAGCAUUUCGGAGGAGCAGGAGGAGAGCAAGCAGCUGGGCCUCCUCCGUCGUACGCCGUCGCUGAGCUCGCUCCCGAUGGACAGGAACGGCUGGCGCACGCAGUACCUGGGCGACAGUUCGUGGAUGGACGCCGUGCGGCCCAUCUUCGAUUUCUUCUCGGAGCGGACGCGAGGGAGCAAGCUCGAGUGUCACGGCACCUACUUCACCUGGAACUACCGCAACGCCGACCCGUUCUACGGUGAGUCGCAGGCGCGCGCCCUGCGGCUUCACAUGGACAACAACUUUGGCAAAUGGCCCAUCGAGGUGAGCAGCGACAACAAGACCAUCCUCGUCCGCAACCACGACGUCAACCCAUCGUCGGUGUUGAAUCGAGUGUUGCGUGACGUGGCUGCCGAGGGCGCGCUGGUUGACUACGCGCUGUACGUGGGUACGACGGCGGUGGACCACGACGCCAUCGCUGGCCAGAACCCGGAGGUGGACCUCUUCUCGUGUCUCGUGGGCAAGAAGUUCGGCUCGGCCUCCUUCCUCCUCCAGGACCCGCUCGCCUUCGGUCAGUUCCUCGACCGUCUCUCGCACCUCUAG